CUGACCGACCGUCUGCUCCAGGCUCCUCCAGGGCUCCCCGCUCCCACACCGGCACUGAGCUGCCAGCAGGCACCGCAGGGAGGAAGGUCCGGGGACGGGAUGCUUUUUACGGCGGGGGCUCCGGCGGCGGCGACCGCUUAGAUCACGAGUCUCCUGCCCCGGCGGUCCAACACCUCUGUUAGGCUUUCUCCGGUGAAAUGAUGACUUCUCUCAUUUGUUGAGUUCGGGAGGAAAGGAGAGGUUGCAAACAGCGCGCCGGACACCAGGACUAUGAUCUGUGGCAGGAUGGCUUGUUUUGAUGAAUAGAGCUAAAAGGAGAAGCGAAGAAAAAACAAAAGAAGAAAACCAGAAAUCAAUUGAGAUAAGAAAAAGAAGAAGAAUGUUUUCAACACUUAUUUGAUGUUCUGAUGCACUCAGUAAUUUCUGCUAUCUCUUUGUUGAUUGAGUUGUGACCGUUUAGUCACUGGGUGCAGGGUCUGAAUUCUGCUUCAAAGUUUUAUCCGAGGUUCGCUGAGAAGAAAGAAGAUUGCUGUUAAGGUCUGUGUUUGAAUUUCACUACUCAGUCGAAUACCCAGUCCUCCCAGUGACUCCAGUAAUCAGUGGCAACCGGAGGUGAGGAAGGAGCGCACCGGAGACCGCCAGGACCAUGAUCAGGAUCUUCCCGGAUUUCAGCGUCCAGGUGACGGCCUCGGCGACCGGAGGAGUCGGGUCUGGUGGUGGAGGAGGCGGAGCCGGAGGGAUGGUGACUGGACCCCCUGUAGGUCGGGUGCCGGUUCCGGUACCAGGAGCCACUAACGGGACUCCACAGGGUGUCCAAGGAAUUUCCGCAUACCAGCAAAGUGACCCCUACUGGGAGCGGCCAUCUAAUGCAGGCAGCUGCUCGAACGCCCGGCCCAAGACCCUUCACCUGGCCGGCCAGCAGCAUACCUCCUCACCAUGGCUGCAGGCUCUCCGGAAGGAGAAGUCAAGGGACGCUGCAAGGUCACGGCGAGGGAAAGAGAACUUUGAAUUCUAUGAAUUAGCCAAGAUGCUGCCGCUGCCCGGUGCCAUCACCAGCCAGCUGGACAAGGCCUCCAUCAUCCGCCUCACAAUCAGCUACCUGAAGAUGAGGGACUUUGCCAACCAAGGGGAUCCGCCAUGGAACCUGCGGAUUGAGGGACCCCCACCCAACACCUCAGUGAAAGCUAUCGGUACUCAGCGGAGGAGGAGUCCCAGUGCCGUUGCCUCUGAGAUCUUCGAACCUCACCUGGGUAGCCACAUAUUACAGUCACUGGACGGUUUUGUAUUUGCACUAAACAAGGAAGGACGUUUCCUCUACAUCUCUGAGACUGUUUCCAUUUACCUGGGAUUGUCACAGGUGGAGCUGACAGGAAGCAGUGUGUUUGACUACGUCCACCCUGGUGACCACGUGGAGAUGGCAGAGCAGCUUGGCAUGAAGCUUCCUCCGGGGAGAGGCAUGUCUCUGUCCCAGGGAGCGGUCAGUGAAGACGGAGCGUCCUCAGCGUCAUCAUCAUCACACUCUGAGACGCCUGAGCCAGUGGAGUCCAGCAGUCCCAGCCUCCUGUCUCCUGAUAACUCUCUGGAACGAUCCUUCUUCAUCCGGAUGAAGUCCACUCUAACAAAGAGAGGUGUGCACAUCAAGUCCUCAGGAUAUAAAGUGAUCCACAUCACAGGGCGUCUGCGGAUCAGGAUGGCUCUGACGCACAGCCGCUCGGUGCCUAAUCAGAUAAUGGGAAUGGUGGUGGUAGCUCACGCCCUCCCACCGCCCACAAUUAAUGAGGUUCGCAUUGACUGCCAAAUGUUUGUCACCAGAGUCAACAUGGAUCUCAAGAUCGUCUACUGUGAGAACAGAAUCAGUGAUUACAUGGACCUGACCCCUGUGGACAUUGUAGGGAAGAGGUGCUACCAGUUCAUUCAUGCGGAAGACGUGGAGGGGAUCAGACAGAGUCACCUGGACUUGAUGAAUAAAGGUCAAUGUGUGACAAAGUAUUAUCGGUGGAUUCAGAAGAACGGUGGUUACAUCUGGAUCCAGUCCAGUGCCACCAUUGCUAUAAAUGCCAAGAAUUCCAGUGAGAAAAACAUCAUUUGGGUCAACUACGUCCUCAGUAAUCCUGAGUAUAAAGACACACCCAUUGACAUUGCCCAGCUGCCAAAUCUUCCAGAGAAAGCCUCUGAGUCCUCCGAAACCUCCGACUCUGAGUCUGAGUCCAAAGAGAACUCAGACAAUGAAAAUACCAAGUCUGAGGGAAAGCCAGGCCACCAAGCAGAACACAGAGAGGAUCCAGAAGCAGACAGCAAACGUCAGCAGCAACCAGGCCAAUCACAUUGCUCAUCCGAGGAAAUGAAGAACCAUGACGAUGGAGACAGUUCAAGUAACCCUGAAAGUCAGGACAGUGAUGACAGCCUGGAGCCCUCAGAUGGAGAGCAGGAACAGGAGCAGGAGGUGGUCCGAGGAGAGGGGGGAGGACUGGAAGGCAGGUUGGGGAGAUUAGCUGGACUGGGAGCACUGGAGGGACUCAACACCAUCAGUGGACUGGGGAGUUUGGGAGGGCUCCAUAUUAAGGUAGAGCACUAUGGAGAAGGAGAGGAAGAACUCCACAACUCACAAAUGUCUUCAUCAGAGGAUGAUGAAGAAGAGGAAGAAGAGGACAUUGAUGAGGUGGAUGAUGAAGGAGUACAAAAAUGUGACGAUGCCAGUGCUGGUAGCAAGCUCCAGAAAAGGCAGAAAAGGAGAAAAGUGCAAAAAUGGGAUGGAACACGAAGCAGGAGGCUUCGUCUUUCCACAACUCCCUCGAGCCCAGCAGCAAUAGGCGACUCUACACCACAGGCCAAUCCCUCAGGGGCCACUUCCAUCACUUCCACACCGCUUCUAACUUCGUCCGACUCCCCAGACAGCACAGGAACCACAUCCUCUGUUCUUAAAAUCAAGACAGAGAUGGCAGAGCCUAUAAACUUUGACAAUGACAGCAGCAUCUGGAACUACCCACCCAACAGAGAGAUUUGCAGAAAUGAGUCUCCAUAUAGCAUGACCUCCAAGCCUCCUGCUGCAGGGAGUCAGGAGACAUUCCCUUCCCCACAGGGUGGCUCUCUACAGGUAGCCAUCCCUGACUCGGUCCUCACUCCUCCUGGACCCGAAGGGGCAGCAGGUGGGGUGAGAAAGCCUCCAUACAACGGAAACUCCGCCUCGUCCUCUUCUUCCACUGCUACGAGUUUAGCUCCUCCUUCCAUCACUUCCUCCGCUGACCCCCUUUCCCCUCCGCUCUCUGCAUCCCCCCGGGACAAGCAACAAGGUACUCCUACGACAUCCUCAAACUCUUCCUCAUCCUCCUCUUCAACUUCAAGCUCUUCUUCACUGCUGUAUUCUGGGGAUCUUGAAGCACUUCAGCGCUUGCAGGCUGGUAAUGUGGUCCUUCCGCUGGUUCACCGCGUCACAGGAACUCUGUCUUCUACCAGCACCACGACGCCUCGUGUCUACACCACCGGCACCAUAAGGUACGCGCCAGCAGACGUCACUUUGGCCAUGGCACAAGGGAACCUCCUUCCCAAUGCUGCCAUGAACUUUGUGGAGAGCUCAGGGUUUGGUCUGGACCCUAAGACGCCUAUGGAGAUGCUCUAUCAUCAUGUCCACAGGCUAAACAUGUCCGCUGCAGCAGCUGCAGGCCCUUUUGUUGGAUCCUCUGCGCCUGCAGUUGGCAAUGGCAGCUUGGGAGGCCAGAUGUCAGCGACAGCCAACGUUUUCACCACAGCGGAGGGACUUUUCUCAACGCUACCGUUCCCCGUGUACAGCAACGGGAUCCACACUACGCAGACAACUCUGGAAAGAAAGGAGGAUUAAUGAAAUACAUCCAAGACCGCAUUACUGUGUUUAAAGAAUCAACAACUGUUUCUAACUCAAAGACUACUCAGUAGUAAAAAAUAGUAAGAAAGAAUUUAUCAGCGUGGAGCAGCACUGUGUUUCCAAGAUGGAACAAAAGACAGGAACUGUCAAAUGUACUCUAGCACUUUGAGCAAUUGAACUUGUGGAAGACAUGAGUGGCCCUCACACACACACACCCCCACACACACACACACAACCCUUUUCUAUUAAUUUUCUCUAUCACCAAUCUCUUUGCUUCCAUUUAUUGUAAUCAACAAUUUUUUUUCUUUUAACAAAUGAACAAAAAAAUAAAAAGCAACGAUUCUUUACUGUAAAGAAUUCCUUUUUGCCUACAGAGAAUUCAUGUUGCCUAAGGAUUCCACUGGAGCCUGAAGGGAAUCAUUUUAUAUCACUUGUUUUGGUUGCAUCUUUAUGAAGAUGUUGAUUGUGCAUACUUUCAGGAGGUUGGUGCAGGUAUUUGUGACACACUGGAAAUGCUUUGCCUCUCUUUCUUCUGUAUCUUGAUGUGAUCAAGGCUAAAGAAAAAGAGUUUUUAACCUGAGAGGAGAGAGGGCAGCUGUCUCAGAGAUAAUCUUUUCACAAAAGGUUUUUGCGAAUGUUUCUCGAUUGAGGGGACAGUAAUCGAUGCUUUUUCCUGUUCUAUUUCUUCCUUUUUAUGAAAUAUUCUAGCUCAGAUGUAACUUUGGAAUCAAACAUUAUACAGAAAAACAACAAAAAAAGCAAUUUCAGCCGGGUAAAGACCUGUGAACUAUCGAAUGUUACUACAAGUUUCCUCAUUUAUCUGAGGAGUUUACCUACAGGUCUCACACCAAACAUAACCUCCACUUCAUCUACUCCCAUCUCAGUCUGUCGAGUUUUUGUACCUUCACUCUGCUUAUAUGACCUUUAACUUUCAGUCCACAUUUGUCUGGUAAUUCUACAGAUUUGUGGUGCUAACAAAUGUCCAGUUACCCAGAUUCAGCUGGCUGAUGUGGGUACUGUAAAUUCGGUCCUCCUGUCUUUCCUCCAGCUUGAUUAAUGUUCUUUUUAUGACUAACCUUCAGGAAUCUCAGAAUACACACAACAAUGUAGAGCUGAUCAGUAGAUGUUUAGGCUCUGCUGCUCUUUUUAUUUCUGUAUAUUUGAUAAGUGAGUCACUUUCAAUUCUCAGUUAAACUGAGGCUAAAUACUUAACAUUGCAAACUUAAAAAAAAUGAAUGUUGACAACCUUGACAGGAUCUUGAUUUCCUGUUCCGUUUGUUUGUUUGUUUGUUUGUUUUUUUAUGCUCUCCUUUUUCUUCCUGAACCAGAAUCACCUCCACAACAUUUUCCUCAACAAUCCACUCUCUUCCAUCCCAUCGCCAGAACCUGUGAUUAAAAACUACAUAUCAACAAGGAGAUUGUAAUAAAGACAUGCAUUUUCAAUCAAUCUGUCAAACAAUCAAUGUACAACAGGAGUAAAGUGGGAUUUCCUUUAUUUAGAUGAUUAGAAAAAGAGAAAAUCCCUCUUCUUAAAAAAAAAAAAAAAAAAAAAAAAAAAAAAAAAGCUUUGUUUUCGCUCUGGUUGUGUCUUUCUUCCCCCAGCCUCCUUUGCCAAAAAAAAAAAAGAAAGAAAGAAAUGCUAAGUUCACACAUUUGGGUGUUUUAAAAGCACUGUGAUCCUUGCUCAUUUGUAAUUUUUUGGUAAAAAAAAAAAAAAAACAUACUAAAUCAAACUGUAAUAAGCUAUCACAGUGUCAAUCUUUUGAAAGUUGACAGCCCUGUCUUUAUCAUCUCGUCAUCUUAUUACCCCGUGUGAUUAAGCCGUAAAACCGUGUUACCGAUGUGUUUAGUGUCACUGGCUGUCAAAACGUCUUUCAUGGCAACUUCUCUGUGUGUGUGUUGACUAUAUGCAGUAUAUACUGAGCUACUGUAGCUGUUUUUGUCCUUUGUCUUCUCUGUGCUCUAUCUCUAGUGUGGUGAAGGAGAGGAAGUGGCGUCAGAGGGAAAAACUGUCAGCUGGAUGAAUUCUAAUCUAAACUCUGCCUCUCUGCUUCCUUCUCCUUCUCCUCCGUUUCCCUCUAUCUGCAGUCUUAGUGAAACCAGUGGAGGUUGUGGAAUUUCGUGUUUGGUGGCCUUUGCAAAAAAGAAAAAAAAAACAGGAGUAAAAAUUGGUAGAGUCCACCAUUUACUUUUUGCUGCUUCCUUUUUGUCUUUGUAAAAUUGCAUUUUUAUUUUCUAACCCUUCUCUCUUUCACUCGACUGUUGCUUUUUGCUGUUGUGUAGUCUUAUUCAAACCUCUUUAUCUUGUUGUCUUUUCUCUCAGAGAUGAAAAGAAUAUUUAACUAGCUCAAAGGUUUAUGGAGCCAUGUAUUUGCCUCUGAGGAAUUCUGGGACAGGUUUCCUGCUCAUGAACCCAAAAGAACAUAAUAAGAAAUAUUUAUAUUAUUUAAAUUGUGUAGGAAUAAUGUCAUUUACAUAAUUUAAUAUAAAGUUUGAUGAGGAAAAAUCUGAGGAAGGACUUUAAAUAUACUGUGAGGUGAAGGUUAAAAAUGACCACAGCCUGGACUGUGAAACAUUUUCCCAGACUUCCUGGAGGUGUUUUCUGUGCAUUGGGUGUAUUUCAAUGGUCCGCACCAAAACGUCUUGAACUCCCAGUCAAAUUUGUCUUUGGGAAUCAAACUGACUUAGGUUUCAAGGGAUUUGAAAACAUCCACAAUUCUCUUUGAAGACACAAUAAUAAAAAAUGAACAAAAAAACAGUUUUAACAAUUUCUAUAAAUAUUAAAAGCAGGAAAAAAUUUUCUCACUAUAAAUCUAUUUUUCUAAGUGUUUUGGAAAACUGAAAUGCAUGUUUAGUAAUUUUGUCCAUUUACUGUGAACAAUCCCAUUUUUGAUUUUUUAUUAUUAUUUUUAGUCCAAUAGCUGUAAUUUUACUUCGUGUUUGAUUGUUUUUGUUUUUCAUGUCUGGAAUAUCCAUUAUGUGGAUAAAAUGGAGGCCUUUUGAAAGAUGAAGGUUUGCUGAAGUUCAGCAGACCAUGUCUCUGAUCCAGCCAUCACAUCUGGACAAAACAAACCAGCUGUCACAUCUUGUGUUUAUCAGUGUUAAGAUUGUUUUUUUUUCAGGAGCAAUUUCUUUCCACCCUCUGAAUUUGAACAUUUUCUAUGUAUGGAUUCAAAGGCAAUGGAAGAGUGCAAGCAUGUAGAAAAUACUUUAGCGCGUGUUCAAUGGGAGGCAUAUCACAAAUGAAACCAAGAAAUACACCCAAAUGUAACUAAAACUGAACAGCUGCUUCAAGCUGUUUUAAUGUUUUUCUGUGUUUUUUGUCGAAAAAUGAAAACUUUGCUGGUGAUUUUAAACCAUAAAAAACCUUAAUCACAGCUGCUGUCAAAUACAUAGUGUUUAAAAUUUUCAAAUAUUGAAAAGUCAUCUCAUUCACCUGUGAAGAAACUGUGUCUGUGUUUUUAACUAUUUCUUGUACAAUUAAACAGAUUCUUUUAUGAGGAACCUGGUGCCAAGUAGCUGAAAUACGGGAAAGCGGGAAUCUCUUAUUAUCAGUGUUAACAGUGUUAUAAAAUUCUAAAUACAAACAAAUUAAAAUAUUAAAAAAGAGAAAACUAUGCUACUAUGGUUUCUAUUUUUUUGUGUAUAUUUUUAUUUCCCUUGUAAAGGAGUCCAAACCUCAUGACAAACUGAUGCUAACUGUGAGUGCCUGGCUUAUUUUUAUCUUACUUUGAAAUUACAUUUUCAUUUGUCAUAAAUAACGCUGCAAAUCAAAAAAUGUACAUAUUUCAUUUUUUAUAGCUAUGUUCCUUUUUAAGUUUACUAGGUUCUCAUCUGUUCAAAAGAACGUCACAUACAUGGUUGUCUUUCUGUAACCCAAUUUUGACCAUCUUGCAGGUGCCAUAUUCAUAAUAAAAGGUUCUAUUAAAUUGGU